GAGUACAGCUAAAUGACGGCGAUCUGUUGCAAUGAGAAAGCCUCUUUGUGUGUUGUCAAGGUAUAUAAGACAUUUCUGCCGCAGUUUCUUUCUUUGGAAUAAUGUCGGCUGAAUAUGAUAAUAGAGACAAUGGCCCAGAGGGCAUGGAGCCAGAUGGGAUCAUUGAGAGCAACUGGAACCAGAUCGUGGACAGUUUUGAUGAGAUGAACCUGCGUGAGGCUCUGCUCAGGGGAAUUUAUGCCUAUGGUUUUGAGAAGCCUUCCGCUAUCCAGCAGAGAGCCAUUAUCCCUUGUAUCAAGGGUUACGAUGUGAUUGCUCAGGCCCAGUCUGGCACUGGAAAGACUGCCACCUUUGCCAUUUCCAUCCUCCAGCAAAUUGAUGUGGAGCUCAAAGGCACCCAGGCUCUGGUCCUGGCUCCUACCAGGGAGCUGGCUCAGCAGAUCCAGAAGGUGGUACUGGCCCUGGGUGACUACAUGGGAGCCAGUUGCUAUGCCUGUAUUGGAGGGACCAGCAUCCGCAGCGAAGUCCAGAAGCUGCAGGCUGAAGCCCCUCACAUUGUGGUGGGAACCCCUGGCCGAGUCUUCGACAUGUUAACUCGCAAAAACCUUUCUUCUAAGCACAUCAAAAUGUUUGUGCUGGACGAGGCAGACGAGAUGCUCAGCCGAGGGUUCAAGGACCAGAUCUAUGAGAUUUUCCAGAAACUGUCAAGCAGCACACAGGUUGUCCUUCUGUCAGCCACCAUGCCAGCCGACGUUUUGGAGGUCACAAAGAAGUUCAUGCGUGAACCUGUCCGCAUCCUGGUGAAAAAGGAGGAGCUGACCCUAGAGGGUAUCCGCCAGUUCUACAUCAAUGUGGAGAAAGAGGAGUGGAAGCUGGACACGCUGUGUGACCUGUACGAAACCCUGACCAUCACACAAGCUGUCAUCUUCAUCAACACAAGGAGGAAAGUAGACUGGCUCACUGAGAAGAUGCACGCCAGAGACUUCACUGUGUCUGCUCUGCAUGGUGACAUGGACCAGAAAGAGAGAGACUUGAUCAUGAGGGAGUUCCGUUCUGGCUCCAGUCGAGUUCUUAUUACCACUGACCUGCUGGCCAGGGGUAUUGAUGUCCAGCAGGUGUCCCUAGUCAUCAACUAUGACCUGCCAACCAACAGGGAAAACUACAUCCACAGGAUUGGUCGGGGUGGUCGUUUUGGCAGGAAGGGAGUAGCCAUCAACAUGGUGACUGAGGAUGACAAGCGAACCCUAAGGGACAUUGAGACGUUCUACAACACCACCAUUGAGGAGAUGCCCAUGAAUGUGGCUGAUCUUAUCUAGAAGAAUCCACACGCCCUUCGUCCACCCCCACCCUGCUUAUUUUAGAAGUCAAACCUUGUUUCUUAUAUGAUCUGACCGUGACUCUGCCCUCUACAUUCUAAGGGAAGGAAGAAUGCAGCUGUUAUUCCUUCUUAAACUUUGAAAUAGUCUAUGGCCAUCUUGAAAGGAUGAAUUACUGACCAGUUUCAUCUGCUCUGCAUUGUCCGUUACUCCAUAUCAGCACCUAAAGUCUUCAUAAAGCAUUAAUUUGAAAAUUGUCAAAUGGCAACCCAACACAACGAGUCCGUUUGUAACUGGGUUUCAGAAGUGUCCAACAGCCACUUUUCCAAAAGCACAUUAAAACAUGACAAAGUUGAUGUUAAAGGGAUUCUAGCUUUGAUUGUUGGCAGAAGCUGAACAUUAACUAAAUAACUUGGCUCAAUUGGUAACUUGCACAUUGGAAACACAGCAUCAGUUGGUGCUGUGCUGCUGGUAACUGAUGGCUGGGUGGUUUAGACUGCAGUUUAGUUUGGACUCCACACAACAAUGAUCGAAAUGACAUGGAAAGUGCUGCAUUUAUCCAGAUCAGUAUUUAAACAACCUUCAGUGUACUUAAAACAGCCUUUAACACACAUCCAUGAUCAUGUUAAGAACAGAGGUUUUGGGGGGUCUAGAUUACACAGGGCAUAUUCAAUAAAAAGACCUGUAUAGUAAAAUCUA